AUGGGCACAAAGGCAUAUCCAAAGGCAACGCUGAAGAAGAUCAUAAAGGCACAUUCGAAUCACACACUGAAGAAGGAUGCCGACGUGUCGAUCUACCUCAACUACGUGCUUUUUAUGGAAAGUCUUAUCAAGGAAGCAGCCAUUCAAUCCAAGCAGUCCGGUGAAAGAGGCUUGACGACGCGUAGCGUCAAGAAGGCUACGCGAGAUAUCCUUGCAAAGUUCAAGGGCUGA